CUUUGUAUCAGCUGUUGUGUCACACGUAUCUCUCUCUAUUUCUAUUUCUAUUUCUAUUUCUAUUUCUGCCGGGUUUUUUUUUUUCCCUCCUCUGUGCUUUCUAGGGUUUUUGCUCUGCUCAAUUACUUGUUUAGGCUCUGGAUUUUUGUUAUUUUGGUCUGGUUCUCAGCUCCGUCGGAUAAUUGUUGAAGUAGCUUGUUAAUUCAACUUUCUGGUGGGGAAUUCAUAUUGUUUCCCUGCUGGGAAUGUGAAGAUGAUUUGUGGAUGGAGGUGGCAGUUUUUAUAUUGCGGAUUUUCUGUUGAGUAUUCGUGCUCGGGAGCAGGUUGGAGGUGAGUUCUUAUCGGUAGGGAAAUCAAGUACGUGAAAGAAUGAAGUUAGUCUGGCGAGAAUGGAAGAAAUGAGUGAGGAAAUGACGCUAUUGUAUGUGACAGAGGAUGCGCAUGUCCAAAAUAAGGUUAGGCAAGAUGCUCAAGAGAACGAGUAUUCACUGAAACCUGAAAAUAUCAACAUGGUUGAAUCACAAGAAAUGCUUAUGCCCAUUGACGGUGGCUAUUCACAGGAUUAUCCUCAUGAAUUUACUGACAUUUUAGAGGGUAAGAAUCUGAAUAGGUGUAAGAACAAUGUGAAAUUAUCUGAUCAACCAGAGUGCAGUCCUCACUGUAUGGAUGAUGCUGGCGUAAUGGUUGAAGAACUAACUGUGAAAAAUCAAAGUGGUUCCAAUUUAGCAAUUAUUGGUCCAUCAAACAAUAGAGCACGACUGCUUUCUGGGCAUAGUCCGUGGCAGCAUCUUUACCAGCUGGCAAGUGGUUCAGGAAGUGGGAGUUCAUUUGUCGAUACUUCUUACAAGAAUAUUGGUCAGGCAGUAAUCACUGGCUUGGAGAAUGGUGGGUACUCAUCUUUUCCGGAGUCUUUUGUUGGAGGAGCCAAUCGUAAUGAUUGUGGAGAGGAAUUGGAAGAAUUGAAGGCUAUUGACAAUAAGGGUGGUGAUGCUCUUGGCAGCAUUCGGACCAAGAUUCUAUCAAAAUCGGGGUUUCCUGAAUAUUUUGUUAAAAAUACCUUGAAAGGCAAGGGGAUCAUUCGAAGAGCUGUUCCUCUGGAGGGCUUUAGUGUUGAACAUAGAAACCCUAAGAAUGCAAGGAAUGCUGGGGGCAUUACAUUGGCAUCUGACUCAUCAUUACGGCAUGAUGCUAAAGCUGUCAUGCCCUCUACGUAUAAGAAAUCUGAGCGUAAACGUCAGAGUUCUGCUUUAGAUGGUAUUAAUCUAAGAGAAUGGCUUAAAGUUCCCCACGAAAAAGUAAAUAAAACUAAAUGCUUGUAUAUAUUUAGGCACAUAGUUGAACUGGUGGAUCGUGCUCAUGCUCGAGGGGUUUUCUUGCAUGACUUACGACCAUCUUCUUUCAGGAUAUUGACAACAAAUCAGGUGAGGUACUUUGGAUCUUUUAUUCAAGGGAAAAUGCCUGAAAGUCUAAUGGUUAUAGAUAGUCAAUGUUCAGAUAGCCGUCCGACUCGGAAAAGGCCAUUAGAACAAGGGAACUUUCUGUCAUUUGGUGUAUCUCCAAAAAAGCAAAAAGAUAUCCAAAAUACAAGUCUUAUGGCCCGGCACUCUCAUUUUCCUUUAAAAUCUUGUGUCAAUCUUGAAACUGCAAAUACAAGGGAUUGCAAUAUGAAUGAUUUGGAAAAUUAUGAUGAACGUUUUGCGGAACGGGGGGUUUGGAGCAUGCCUGCUGGCCAUUGUGCAUAUGAUUCAGCCCAGACUCCAAUAAGUGACAAAUUGGAAGAGAAUUGGUAUGCAAGUCCAGAGGAACUAAAUGCAGGAUGCUUCUCAGCUAAAUCAAAUAUAUUCUCACUUGGUGUUCUUCUUUUUGAGUUACUUGGAAAGUUUGAAUCUGAUGGCACACUUGCUGCUGCAAUGUCAAAUUUGCGUGAUAGGAUUCUUCCUCCUAACUUUCUAGCAGAUAAUUUGAAGGAAGUUGGGUUUUGUCUUUGGCUACUUCAUCCUGAACCUGCUUCUCGUCCGACAACAAGGGAAAUUUUACAAUCAGAACUAAUUAAUGGAAUGACAAAUUCUCCGCCAGUAGAGCUUUCAACAUCUAUUGAUGAGGAAGAUGCUGAAUCAGAGUUAUUAUUGCAGUUUCUCACAUCGAUGAAUGAACAAAAGCAGAAACAAGCCGCAAAGUUGGCGGAGGAAAUUCGGCAUUUAGAAUCAGAUAUUGAAGAAGUCAACAAAAGGCACAGGUCCACGGAACCCUCGGUUAAAUCUGGCUUGUCUAGUACAGUGGAUGGAAGGGAUGAUUUCGUGUUUCAUGGAGGAUAUCAGAAUUCAGAUGUGCGCUCUGUGGUAUCUAAAAUAUCACAUAUCAAUGAAGAGAGAAUAGAAAAAAAUAUAAUCCAGCUUGAAAGUGCUUAUUUUUCCAUGAGAUCAAAAGUAGAUUCUUCUGAGAAUGAUUCAGCAGUUCGGACAGAUAUAGAUUUACUUAGAACUCGUGAAAACUGUUAUCUACCACAAAAAGAUGAUGAAAGGACUCAUGGUGAUCGUCUUGGUGCCUUUUUUGACGGGUUUUGCAAGUAUUCUCGUUAUAGCAAGUUUCAAGUACGUGGGGUACUGAGAAGUGGUGAUUUUAACAGUUCCUCAAAUGUAAUCUGCUCCUUGAGUUUUGAUCGGGACGAGGACUAUUUUGCUGCUGCUGGAGUGUCAAAGAAAAUAAGGAUUUUUGACUUUAAUUCAGUCUUUAGCGACUCAGUAGAUAUUCACUAUCCCGCAGUUGAAAUGUUUAAUAGAUCAAAGCUUAGCUGCGUUUGCUGGAAUAGCUACAUCAGGAACUAUCUGGCUUCUACUGAUUAUGAUGGUGUUGUUAAGCUAUGGGAUGCAACUGUUGGUCAAGAGGUUUCUCAAUUCAAAGAACAUGAGAAGAGGGCGUGGUCUGUUGACUUUUCAAAAGUGCAUCCUACAAAGUUGGCCAGUGGAAGUGAUGAUUGUGCUGUAAAACUUUGGAGCAUUAGUGAGAAGAACUCUUUGGGCACAAUCAGGAACAUUGCAAAUGUCUGCUGCGUUCAGUUUUCUGCUCACUCAACUCAUAUGCUUGCUUUUGGGUCUGCCGAUUACAGAACCUAUUGCUUCGAUCUACGAAAUACUAAAGCCCCCUGGUGUGUAUUGGGCGGCCAUGAGAAAGCUGUAAGCUAUGUGAAAUUCUUGGACUCGGAGACCCUUGUAUCUGCAUCCACUGACAACACGUUGAAGCUAUGGGAUCUUAAUAGAACCAAUCCUACUGGCUUGUCUACCAAUGCUUGCAGUUUAACUCUCAAUGGUCACACUAAUGAAAAGAAUUUCGUGGGUUUAUCUGUUUCCGAUAGCUACAUUGCUUGUGGUUCAGAAACAAAUGAAGUAUAUGCCUACCAUAGAUCUCUGCCCAUGCCAAUGACUUCCUAUAAGUUUGGUUCUAUUGACCCCGUUUCUGGAAAAGAGACCGAGGACGACAAUGGACAGUUUGUUUCGAGUGUAUGCUGGAGAGGAAAAUCCGACAUGGUUGUUGCAGCCAAUUCAAGUGGGUGUAUAAAAGUACUGCAAAUGGUUUGAAUGUGAAAACUCAUUUUCUGAGAUUAACUUGACCAUUGUGGUCAUCUUCAGUCGCUUUACAGCUCGUGAAUUUGACAGAAUAUCCGAAGCCCAAUUCUGAGAAUAGGUAUAAGAAUGGUAACAGUUAUUUACAUUUUCAUCUCUUAUUGCCCUUCUUCCACCGAAUCUCCCUCUUCUUAUUAAGUUAUAUAAGUUGAGCUAUUGAUUCAUUAUAUGGAAUCAUAUGGUUGAAAAGCUGCCUCAGAUCUUUUAGUGACUGUAUAUAUUAAAAAGAAAUAUGUGUCUAAAGCCUCUACACUUCUUCUAACCGAUAA